GCUCAUGGAAAGCACAUUUUAUACUCAAAUGCUCAGAUAUGCUCAUAACUGUAUAACUGAUCAUCAGUGCAAAGCUGACAUUCAGAUGUGUAAUUACAGUGCUGUCCUUGUUACCUGCAUCACGUGGGAGGAAUGAGGACAAGCCAUGUCCUGCGUAGCUCACCACCCCAGCAGGAAUUCCCACUGCCAGCCUCAAGAUUUCUCAUCUGCAGAGCCAAGCCUUUAUCAAUGCAGAAAAAUCACAGAUAACUUAGAGCAACAAAACUGCGACCCCUGGCACCUGGCAUUGGCUGCUGUGUGGAACAGCUCCUCACAUCGGUAUGUGGCAGUACUGGUGCUUCCUUCCUGCCACAGCUCCCAAAUCCGACACUGCGGGAUGGUGGUACAGUGGCACCGUGGGAGGCUGCAACCAGAACAAGCAGAGCUCUUCUUUAUAUGGGAGGGUCCGGACCUCAUGGGGCCACAAAGGAAGGAGCUGGUUGCUGCAAGGCAUCCCCUGGAAACAGACUGGGUUACCUACAGAAGCCCAUCCCUCCCAGAUCUGCCUGUCCUAAAUCCCAAGCAGAUGGUGCAACUCAGCCCGUCUCCUCCAGCAAGGAUGAUCCCUGGGGCCUCCCUGCAGAGAGUGUACAUUUCAAAGGAUAAUUCCAGCAGCACUCCUUACCCUGAUCUGGGGGCUUCUGAGCAUCUAUGUACUUCAUCAUUCUUCACAUAUACCUGCCCCUGCCUUGCACCAUCUCCCACUGGGGCUUGCUUUUCUCUUCUAAAAGGGUCCCUUGUGCCUGGGAGUUGUUGUCAGAUGUGCUGCCCAUCCAGUGCACGAAGGACAGAGCCCCAACAAGACACGCUACUGGACAGAGGUAGCAGGGAAGGAUGGGCUCUGCAGGGCUCGCCCAGCACUUCCCGCUGCUGCCAGGUGGGGAAUAUCCCAGGGGGCUGGCCCCUGCCCUCCUGUGCAAGAGGUACGGCGAAAGCAGUCCCAUCUUGCGCUGGAGAUGUGGGCCUCUCCCGCACCGUGACACUGCCCUGAAGCAGGGCAGCCAGGGGCCGUGGCUGCAUGUGUGCGGGUGCUGUGCUCCUCCUGGUUCAGGCUCUGCAGGAGCAGGAGCGCUGGCACCGCCGCAGGGCUGAGGAGAGGUGGGAUGUGGGUAGAAGCAAAUUUGUCCCCAGAGCAGCAGCAUGCUGUCACCUGCAUGAUCCUGUGGUGGCUUCAGUGGAGGAGUAACAGUAGCAGAGAGCAGCCUCAGCGAAGCACGCGCGCAAUGCACCUCCUGCAGUAACUGCAGUGCUGGCAAGGAAGGAGCAGUGCUGCUGGGACCCCUCCGGCAUGAGUCUGAGCGCAGGAUGAGGGGACAACUCUGUGCAGAGACUUCCACUGCCCCCUGAGGUGGCAAAUGGCAAAGAUGGGACUUGGUCAUGGUAAAACAGGAACAUCGAGGGGGGGCCUCCAAGUGCCUGGGGAGGUAGGCGUGGGGCCGCGGGUCCUAUAACGGCUGGAAAUUCAGGUCAGGAGGAGACCCCGUCUGGGUCUGGCUCCUCUGUGGACUGCAUUGGCCAGGCCUGUCACACUCGGCUGGCAUUGCCAUAGAGACCCACGGCCCCUCAGAAAGGCCUCCAGAGCCCACGUACCCACGUGGCUCCUCUGUGCUGGGCAGCGGUGCCAGGGGAUUCAGCAGUAACCUGGCAGCGAGGCUGCCGAGAGGGAGCCAUGCUGCUGGUGCCCCCGUCCCACUGCCAGGGGGGCGCAGGAUGUGCCAGGGCACCCAAAGGCGCUGGAGGCGCCCAGCAGGCUGGGAAGCAGCACCCAGCAGCCAGCCAGGUGCACGCCUGCCCACCGCACCUGAGGGCCAGCGGGCCCUGGAGCAGGUCCUCCCCCUUCCCAGGCAGACAGCGCUGGAAAGCCGCGCCAGCCCAGCCUCGCGGGGCUGCGGGGGCUGCACCCAGCCGGCAGGCCUGGGCGCGCCUGGCGCCACCCCUGCUGAGCCAUGUGCUGGAAGGGGCGCCUCGGCAGCUGCGCCGCAUGGUCCGUCCUGGUGCACGGCCGCAGGUGAAAGGGCUCGGGGCUGCCAGGGGCCUCUCCUUCGUGCAGCUCUUUGCAGUCACCAGCUGCCGCCUGCCCCACGCACGCCCCGUGCCCCUGCCUGCCAUGGCUGUGCUCAGCUGCACGCCCGCAGCCACCGCUCCCCAGGCGGCCCUGGCCCUGUGCGGAGAAAAGGGCUCCUGAAUUAGCUGAGACAGGCGGAGAUCUUCCACCUGGCAGUCCUCUGAUCUGCCACCAUUUGGGGCUGCUGUAGGAUUGUUGCAAAAAGUAUUUCAUUAAAAAUGAAUCCAAAUUCCAGCUGCUGCGUUAUCUGACUGGUUCUUAGGUAGGAGAAUGUCGAGCACAAUCUACAUUCCCUGGUGACCAUAUUCGAUUUCUGCUUAAAUCUCCAGGCCACUAAAACUCCUACCUACCUGCCAGCAAGUACCAAUUUUUCUUAAUGAUUUGCAGAGGGAAUCUACACCUUCAGAAGUACAACGUAUAUGAAACCAGGACAGACUCAGAGUUUUAAGCAUCCAGCUCACUAAUGACUUGUUAUAAAUGUUUUCCAAACUGCUUGGUGUCUCUGGGAGGUGAGAAUUAUCACUGUAUCUCAGUAAAAAUGAAUAUAAAAUAGGAGCAGCAUGCUGCACACUUCACAUUAAAAAGCUCACAAAUAAACCAUUUGCCAUUCUGAU